UGGCGUAAUAUUUGCUGUUUGGUGGGGAUUUGCGAUUGAUAAACACGUUAUUACGUAAAACGCCGGCGCAAACCACUUUGUGAUCAGUCAGGGCUACGAUAGAAGACUAAACCGCUACAAAACAACAACAAAAAUGUCUACAAAGUGUCUACGUUGGGGUAUUGUCAGCGCCGGAAAAAUCUGUCAUGAUUUUGUCUGUGGUAUAAAAGUAUUGCCACCGAGUGAGCAUCAGGUUGUCGCUGUCGCAGCGCGUAACAUCGACGAUGCGAAAAAAUUCGCCUUCGAACAUGGCAUUGCCAAGUCAUACGGAAGCUAUGCCGAAAUUGCCCAUGAUACAGAACUUGACAUCGUCUAUAUUGGUGCCAUCAACACAAAGCACUACGAAAUUGCUAAAUUGAUGAUUGAUGCCGGCAAGAAUGUCCUUUGCGAGAAGCCACUGACAAUGAACAAGAAGCAGACUGAAUCUUUAAUGAAACACGCCCAUGAGAAAGGCGUAUUCUUCAUGGAGGCCAUCUGGAGUCGCAGUUUUCCGGUGUAUAAGAAACUCGCUGAACUUAUCCAGAGCGGAGUGAUCGGUGACGUGCAAGUCGUCAACGUCAACUUCGGUUUCCCGCUGGAGCAUGUCUCCAGAGUAAGCGUAAAGGACCAGGGCGGCAGUGGAAUCCUCGACAUCGGCGUUUACGCCCUUCAAUUCGCACAGUACGUCUACAGGGGUGCGAAAGCGAUAAGUUUCACUUCCACAGGUUUCCUCAAUGCACAGGGUGUUGACAACAGCGCAUCUUGUAUUAUCCAAUAUGAAAAUAACAAGAGUGCAGUGUUGACCAUCAAUACAACAGUGGAGUUGCCCAAUGAGGCGGUUGCUGUUGGCACAAAAGGCACUAUUAGAAUCCCACAAUUCUGGUGCCCGUCAAAACUUUACCUUAAAGAUGCGCUCCAUUUCGAGGCAAAGCUGCCGGAAAGCAAGGACACGUUCAAUUUCCUGAAUUCCGUGGGUUUGUCUUAUGAAGCUGCAGAAUGUCGGCAGUGCAUUUUGGGCGGAAAGAAAGAGUCGCCAACUGUUACACACGCCGAAUCCCUACAACUUGCUGAACAGAUGGACGCGUGGCGCAAAUCGGUUGGAGUUGUUUACGAUGCGGAUUCCCAGGAAUACAACUAAGCCGAUCCAAGAAAAAUAAACGUUUCUAAUAUUAAACUGUGUGUUAUAUACAUUCUAUGUUAUGAUAUGAAAUAUCCAAAUAAAUUCUAACAAACUUA